CUUGUCCCUCCGUCUAUGGCGACUGGAGCGAACGCGACGCCGCUGGGGAAGCUCCACCCGCCCCCGCCGCCGGGCAAGGCCGGCUACCCGCUGCCUCCUCCGGGGCUGGUGAUGCAGGGCCCGCCGCCGCCCCCGCCGCCGGGGCCCCAGCAGGCCCAGCCGCAGCCCGCCAUCCCCAGCCUCAUGGCGGCCGCCGCCUUCCCCUUCGCCGCGCUGCCGCCGCCCCCUCCGCCGCCGCCUCCUCCGCCCCCGCCGCCGCCGCAGCAGCCGCAGCCGCCCCCGCAGCAGCCCCCGCCGCCGCCCCCGGCCCAGCAGCAGCAGCAGCCCCAGCAGCAGCAGGCCCAGUACGGCCAGUACCGCUUCCCCUCCCCGCCGCCGCCUCAGCAGCCGCUGGGCCUCGAGCCGCCGCCGCCGCCGCCGCCGCAGCAUCUCCACCUGCACCCGCAGCAGGACGAGGGCGGCCAGGCCGGGGCCGGCAGCCAAGAUUACCCUAAUAAAAAGAGGAAGAGGAGCAGAUGGAACCAAGAUGCUAUGGACCAGAAGACGGUCAUCCCAGGAAUGCCCACAGUCAUCCCUCCCGGGCUUACCCGUGAACAAGAGAGAGCUUAUAUAGUGCAACUGCAGAUAGAAGACCUGACUCGUAAACUGCGCACAGGAGACCUGGGCAUCCCCCCUAACCCUGAGGACAGGUCUCCUUCCCCUGAACCGAUUUACAAUAGCGAAGGGAAGCGGCUGAACACCCGUGAGUUCCGCACCCGCAAGAAGCUGGAGGAAGAGAGGCACAACCUGAUCACGGAGAUGGUGGCACUCAACCCCGACUUCAAGCCUCCGGCCGAUUACAAACCUCCAGCUACUCGAGUGAGUGACAAGGUGAUGAUCCCACAGGAUGAAUAUCCUGAGAUCAACUUUGUUGGGCUUCUGAUUGGACCCAGAGGGAACACACUGAAGAACAUUGAGAAGGAAUGCAAUGCCAAAAUCAUGAUCAGAGGCAAAGGGUCUGUGAAAGAAGGAAAAGUGGGAAGGAAAGAUGGCCAGAUGCUGCCUGGCGAGGAUGAACCACUUCAUGCUUUGGUCACUGCCAACACCAUGGAGAACGUGAAGAAGGCUGUGGAGCAGAUCCGGAACAUCCUGAAGCAAGGCAUUGAGACCCCAGAGGACCAGAAUGACCUGCGUAAGAUGCAGCUGCGGGAACUGGCCCGCCUCAACGGGACCCUGCGUGAAGAUGACAACAGGAUCCUUCGCCCGUGGCAAAACACGGAGACUCGCAGCAUCACCAACACCACAGUGUGUACCAAGUGUGGCGGAGCCGGUCACAUAGCAUCAGACUGCAAGUUUGCCAGGCCUGGAGAUCCACAGUCGGCUCAGGACAAGGCGCGCAUGGAUAAGGAGUAUUUGUCCCUGAUGGCCGAGCUGGGCGAAGCUCCUGUACCGGCAUCUGUGGGGUCAUCUUCUGGGCCAUCUAACCCGCCGCUGCCGAGCGGCCCGAGACCUUCCGGGCCAGGAAACAACCAGCCGCCUCCGAACCGGCCCCCAUGGAUGAACUCUGCCCCCUCUGAAAACCGCCCCUUCCAUGGGAUGCACGGCGGCGGUGGUGGAGGAGGAGGCGGAGGAGGUGGAGGCGGAGGAGGAGGAGGCGGAGGAGGAGGGGGCCCUGCAGGGCCGGGGGGCCCUCACAAUUUCCCUCACCCCAUGUCAAACAUGGGGGGCCACGGGGGCCACCCCAUGCAGCACAACCCCAAUGGCCCUCCGCCUUGGAUGCAGCCUCACAAUCCGCCCAUGAACCAGGGGCCGCAUCCUCACGGCCCUCCAGGCCCCCACCAUAUGGAUCAGUACCUGGGCAAUGCGCCAGUGGGCUCUGGGGUCUAUCGCCUCCAAGGAAAAGGUAUGAUGCCGCCUCCGAUGGGUAUGAUGCCCCCUCCGCCCCCUCCGCCCAGUGGUCAGCCUCCCCCGCCUCCCUCUGGUCCUCUCCCCCCAUGGCAGCAGCAGCAGCAGCCUCCACCCCCGCCUCCCAGCAGCAGUACUCCCUUGCCAUGGCAGCAAAAUACGACGACCGCCACCACCACGAGCGCUGGCACCGGGGCCAUCCCUCCAUGGCAGCAGCAGCAGGGGGCGGCGGCAACUUCUACGGGGGGCCCGCCGAUGCAAGGCAGCCCCUCCAUGGUGCCUUUGCCCCCCGGGGUCCAGCCUCCGCUGCCCCCCGGGGCCCCGCCUCCUCCCCCGCCCCCACCGCCUGGCUCCGCGGGCAUGAUGUACGCCCCUCCCCCUCCCCCGCCUCCCAUGGACCCUUCUAGCUUCGUCACCAUGAUGGGGGUGGGGGUGCCGGCCUUGCCACCGUUCGGCAUGCCCCCUGCUCCCCCGCCACCCCCGCCACAGAACUGAAGAAUGGUUUUUUCUAGACAGCUGUCUUUCUCGCCAGUAUGGAGCCAGGAAUUGGAGGGGGGAGACUUGUGAACCCAGGUCAGGAGCACAUGACGGAAAUAUCCCCCCCCCCUUUUACUCUGUAUUUAGAGAGGUGUGUGACUCUUACCGAAUACCUGUUUUGAUUGACUGACUGGUGUGCUUCAAUAGCAGAACCUACUUUUACCUAUCAGGACACUAGUGCUGAGUCUCCCCUCAGAAGUGAGGGCUGCCCCACCCUCCCCUAGUGGGAACGAGGAGCUUGUGGGGUGUACUCGCUCGGAAAUCUCCAUGUGACCCUGCCACAGCCCCCGCGUUGUGGGCAGCGAGGGCCCCUUCUGUGAAUUGAUGCGUCUCGACCUUGCCCUUUGGGGCAGAACGAUGGCUUUUGUUAAUCUUAACUUCUAGAUUUUUAACCUCCUCUUAAGAGACACCAGUUUUCCACGGCCAUCUGCAUCUCCUCUGUGAAAACACUUCUGCCAGUACAGCUGAAGAAGCAAAUGGAUUUCUGUAGCGUUUUCUCUCUCUCUCUGUCUCUCUCUGGAGUUGAGGUCAAGUGCACCACUGCUGAGUUGGAAUUGUCUGUUGCUUUUCUUCUCAGUCCUUAGCAGAGGAAAGGCAGAUUUCACGCCGUGGGUCUGCCUUUCAAAUGAUGGGCUCUUAGCCCACCUGCGCCCUCUCACUGAGUAGUUAAGAUGGAGUCAGCACAGGGUGGGCAUUCAAAGCCAAGUUUGUCUCUCGUCCAUCUGCCUGGAAACUCCUUUUCCUUUUCCUUUCUUUUUUUUAAACACAUCCGAGUGUUUUGUGGUUGGGGUGGCCCCACCCCCAGACUGAAUGAUUUCUGUUGACGAUGACGUGAGUGUACAACGCUUCAUUCGGUCCCCUGUAACCAUUUUCUUAAUUGCUUUUUAUGUAAGAAUAAAACUGCAGUAGAAGGGGAGGUUCAAAUUAAAUGCAGCUUUUAAAAUUG